UUCAGUUUUAUAAAACUACCGGUUGAAGUAACACGAAUAAAACGGAAAAAAACGAAUUAAAACAUUAAGUGAUGGGACUAAAGGAAUGAAACGUUACAUUCUGUUGUGAUGAGAGUGUAUGUUGUUGAUGUGUGUUGGAGCAGGUCACUUACUUUACCACUACUCGAUAACGUCGAAAUAAAAAAAGAGAAAAUACAAUAAAUAAAAUAAACAUACACCAAGAUUAUAUGAACGUGUAUGUAUGUUUAUUUAUUUAUUACAACUAAAAUAACAACUAAAUACAAUUAUUUCAAUGAAAAGGAAACAAAAAAAAAAAAAAAAUUCAAACACAACAUUAUAAUACAACAGUAGCAGUGAAUGCAGUCCAGUCCAAGCCAUUUCAAUCGUUUCGUUUAGUUAACACAACAAACACACAAAAGCAAAAAAGAAAUUUAAUAAAAUUAAAAAAAAGAAAAAAUAAAACACGCAUCUACAAUGUAUAAAUUUGUUCGUUCAUUCGCUCGGUUGUUUUUCAGUUUCUUUUUUUAGAGUGUGGUGUAUAAAACGGAAAAAUUGUGCAUUUGUAACGGUAGUUUUAAUAAAAUACAAAAAAAAAAAAUAAAAAAUAAAAACGAAAAAAAGUGUUGGAAAAAUAUUUCACAUUGUGGUCACAAAGUCAUGUCAGUUCAAUUAUUUAUAAAUUCUAUAGAAUUCAAUUAAAGCAACAAAGAAAACUAAAAUUUUAUUCAUUAUAUUAUUUUAAUGUAUAUUAAAAAAAAAAUAAAAUUAAAAUCAAGGAAAAUAGUUGAAAAAACGAAAGUGUAUUAUUUUAAAUAUAACAAAGAAGUGAACAGAAAAAACCUUAAAUGUUUUCAUAAGAAUCAAAAAUAUAUAUAAAAUUAAAAAAAAUCAUUGUUUGCGCUAAAUAAUGUAUAAGUAUGUACUUAAAAUACUUAAAAAUCACAGCAAACCAACAACGAAAGAAUAGCGCACUGUAUAGAACAUAAAUGAAAGAUAUAAACAAUAAACAAAAGGAAGACAUCAAUAUUAUAAUAAUAUAAACAAAAUAAAGAUAAAACGCAACAAUAAAAAAACAAAAGAAAAAAACAACAGACUUUUAUUCGUGAAUAUGUAUGAAACACUGAAGUUAGUGUCCAAAGCACCAUAAUGAUUGUCUUCGAAACUGAAACAAUGCAUGGGUAAACAACACAGAACCAAUCAGUCAAUUAAUAUUAAACUAUUAAAUGAUAAAAUCGACUAAACAACUAAAAGAAAAUAAAUGAAUAAAAAAUAAUAAGAAUAAGUAAAGAAAAUAACAACAAGUUGCGAAAGAAAAAAGAUAGACAGACAGAUAACAACUUAAACUUUUUCAAAAUAAGCAAACAACCAACUAACAACCCUCAUCCCUAUAACCAACCAUCCAUCCAUCCAUCAAUUCAAACGACCAACUCGUUACAACCAUUAUUUUGAAAGUAACAAAUUAUAGAACAACGGCAACAAAUAGCUUAACUAAGGUUUUUACUUUUAUUUUUUUGCAAUAUCUACUUGUGAAACAAAAUACUUUUGGGGAACAACUUUUUCAUCAAAUUCAUCAUCAAAUUACUACUACAACAAUAAUACAACGACUAUAUACAAAAAAAAAAAAAAAAUCAAGAAACAAGAACAAAGAAUCUAAGACUGAUUAAAACAACAACAUAUAUCUAGAACAUCUUACACACAUUGUUACAUACAAGCAACAUUAAGCUUUCUUUCCACGUAGUUGCAUUUCACAUCGUAUCGUUACAAUCUCUGGCUCCUUUGCUUAAGCUGUCAAUUCAUGUGCAAGUACGUCAAAUUUUAAAUGAUGAAAUUUUUCUUAAAUUUAUUUUUCAAUCGACAAGUUGUCAAUGUCAUCAUCACUAACAGCAACAGAAGCAGCAACAAAUACAACACUCGUCAUAAGUAGUUGCGUAACAAAAAGCAAAGGCAACACAAUUUUUUAAGUCAAAGUUAAUGCCAUCAAAGAAACAUACCCACAAUAUUUAGCAGCAACAGCAAAAUACAAAAUAAAGUUGCCAGCCAACAACAACAACAACAUUCAUCAACAUUCAACAUGUUUGUCUUCAUUAUCGUCAUAUUAAUUGUAAAUGCCUGCAUUGCUGGCACAAUACCAGCUACACCGGAAAAUAUAACGGUUGCAUUUUUAACUCCAACCACAGUGCGUGUUUCGUGGCAAACAAUGAUUGAUUUGAAUGCACAUCCAGUUGAAAAAUAUAUUGUGACAUACAAACCAACAGAUGACAGUUACAGGGUUGUACAGAAUGUUGCCGGGAAUAGUGAAGCAAUUAUAUUGGAUCGCUUAACGCCGGGAACGCAAUAUUCAAUUGGAGUCACUGCAGUAUGGCUGGGUAAAAAAUAUCGCAGUCGUCAAGUUAUAUUCAGAACAUUAGAUUUGCCAAAAGCAUUUACACAGGAUUUAACAAAUGCUGGGUCUGGCCCUAAUGGUGGCAUGAGUUUAGGAGGAGCAACAAAUUUUAGUGGUCACUCGAGUGCGAAUGGCAGUGAGGAUGGUGUCACCUCUACCGCGACAAAUUCUUUGUCACAUGGCACACACAGGGAAUUGCCAACGAUACGUGGUGUCGAAAUUGGUAUCGUACUGAUAGUUUUAAUGGUUUGGGCUGGAGCAAUUGCUCUAUUUUUCAAUCGUUGGGGCAAAAUACGCAUGCUGUUGCCUUAUCAACCAGACUACAAGCAUGAACAGUUGAAAGUACCCGGCACGGGUGUGUGCAGUGGAGGUGUCUGUAAUGGCCAACAUUCUCAUCAGAAUUUACAUCACGAUUUGUUCGUUAAGUUUGAUAGCAGCGAUUGCGGAGCACUCGCCUAUCAGCCGCUACAUUGUAGUCGUCACUUCCAUGUCUUUCAAGAGGAACACUCGACAUCGAUAUCGGAACGUAUAACACGUAGUCGCAUUAAUUCAGCUAUUUUUGUGUCAUCGGAAGGAAGAGGAUUUGAUUCCAUUGAAUUUUUGCGACGACAUGGAUCACAAAGUGUUUUAUGUCGUAAAGCAAAGAGUGCCGAGAAUAUAACGGACAAUGGCCGAAAGAAAAGUUUUGCUGAAAACCGCCAAUGGCAUACGGACGACAGUAACGGCAACGAUGCCCAGCAUGAUAAUGGCAUCGAAAUGCAUGAAUGCUCAAGAAGUGUGGAAAAUCAUCCGGUUGCAAUUCUUAAGACAAAUGUGGAAAAGCUAUUGGCAGCCACAAGUGUUUUAAGUCAUUCAGCAGCAGUAACCACUUCCAAUAAAGUGGUGGGUAGUAUUUCAAUAGAAACUCCUCCAUCUCACAUCAGAGAGGAGCAAAAUAAUGCCGUGGCAAUACCAGUGCCACCAAUACCGCCGCCAUUGCCCCCACCACUACCACAUCCUACAUUGAGUUCAGCCAAAACGGUUUCAUUAAACUCAGCUUCCCAUGAUUCUGCCGACACUGUAGAAGAAUUGGUUUCAAUACCAUACGAUGUAGCGACGACAAUGUCUCCUGCCAUCAACUCAAUGCCCAAGACAUCUAAAGUCCUGGUGCGCCAACGUUCUUCUACUGCUUCGCCGGUUCUAUCAUCUGCACACAGUAGUCCUAAAGCAUUAAAAUUAAAAUGCAUCACACCUAAACUAAGUAAUCUACCGAUGGUUUCAGUGUCAGGCCCAUCACCAUCGCCAUCCGAUGAGAAACCGCCACCUGGUGAAUGCUUGUAACAAAUGGUAGCCGAAACAUUUAUUUAAAAUUGGAAAAACAUCCCUGCAUCGAUGACAACUAACAAGUAGAUAGCAAAUGUUUUAAUAGAAAUGGAAUGGAAACGAAUUGACAAUUACUUAUUGAAAUGAAUUAAAGUUCAGGAAGGAAAUGUCAGUAAAAAUAAAUGUUAAUUAUCUUACUUUUUGAUAUAAAUUGUAAAAAUUUUCAAAAAUUUGUAGUAAAAUUUUACAAUUCAUAUGCAAAGUUGAGAUUUCUAAUAUUUUAUCUAUGGUUUAACUAACAAGUUAUGAGAUAUUUUUAUAGACAUUUUAUAAAUUAUUAAAUUUUUUUUAAUUCUUGAUGUCCAUUUGUGUGUAAUUAAUCGAUGUUUCUUAAUAUUUAUUUAAAUUAUUUAAAAUUUAAGCAUUUUUUUAAUUGUAUUAUAUCCGUAAAAGAUUAACAUUUUUGCACCUUUGUUUGAGAAUAAGGGGUUUAAUAUACAAUAUUUUAUUAAAGGAAUAAAUUAGAUUUAAAAAUAUUUAUGAUACUUUUUCCAAUUACAAGUCUUAAUUUAGCGUCAAGCCACCUUUUUUCAGAUUUCAAUUACACAUUUUUUCAAAAUAUUUACAUUAAUUUCAUUCAAAUCAUAUGUAUCUAUUAUGUCUUAUUAUAAAGACAAAGAUAGAUUCUUUAUAUUUUAGAAAUACUUCUAUUUCUUUCAAAAACUUAUUUCAUUAUCAUUUAAAUCAAGAACUGCUAGGUUACUCUGUAAAAAUGUUUAAUACAUUUGUUUAAUUCACAAUCGGUGUUGUACGGUUGUAUCGUAGUAUGUUGUAUUUUUUAUUAUUGAUUUGUUUUUGUUUGUGAAUUUGAUAAUUAUGUUUCAAAAACAUUUUCUUUCGUAUCGAAAUACGGAGUAACCCCCCCUGUUUUUUUGUAAAAUCUUUAUUUUAGUUAUUUAGCUAUUAUUUUCAAUUUUAUAUAUUUAAAUCCUACAAAUUCUGUAAAUAGUUUAAAAAUCUAAAUGAUAUAAGUAAGUUUCUUUUUGAAUACAUUUAUAAAUAAAAACAAAUGGUCAAUUACUUGUUUUAUAAUAUAUAAAAAUAAAUAUAUAGAUUAGAUUUUUAAAUACAUAAUUAUUUUUGUAACCUUCUGACAAAUUUUAAAGGUAACAAGAUACAUAUUAUAAUAAAUAAAACUAACAAAUAAAAUAAAUGUUCCUUCCAAUUUCUAUCCAAUCUACAAUUUUAAAUAAAUGUUUCGGUAUAUCAAAUUUUGGACGAAACUCUAACUUAAAUAACAACAUAAGUUUCAAAUAUGAGAAAAAAAGCUUUAAUUAUAAAAAAAAAAAACUGAAAAUCGAUUUUAAGCUUUAAAAUAAAAACUUUAUAUAAUUAUAUGUAUAAAUGUAUACUAAACAGAUACAUACAAGCAUUAAAUAUAAUUUAGUCAUAAUUAAACUUUUAAUACACUCACGAUUUAAUUAAAACAAUAUAUUAUAUUCCAACAGUUCGACAAACAUUCAAUGCAUCCGAAAAAGAUUGUAAUUUACACUAACGUCUAAUAAAUUGAUUCUAAUUCGUGUUUCGUCACGAAUGUACUUUUUAUGAUCAAGAGUGACUUUACAGUCGACAAGUAAUAUAAGAUAGGAUACUUAAAAAAUGGUCAUUGUUGUGUCAGUCUAUUCGUUAUAUAUGGAGUGACUACUGAUUUCGUCUUAGGGUAAACACAUGUUAAAUAGAUAGUCAUGUUAAUAGAUAGUUCGGGACUAUUCAGCCGAACUGUUGGGAUAAUUAGGUCAAAACUGUAUGUAUGUAUAUUAAUGUAAAUGUCGCUAACUUCAGUCAGAGAACGUCAUAACGCAAAUAUUUUAGUUGUAAUGGUUCAAGGAAAAUUUAAUUAUUUCUUGAAAUAUUACGAAUACUUUUCUUGGAUAUAAAUCUAAUCACCCCUAUUUUGCAUUUCGAUUACGUUUACGCAUUCAGUUACGCAAUGAUCGAAAAAAGGUAUUUCAACAAAAAACUGAAUCGUAAGAAAAAGAAGAAGCAAUUUCAUUUCGUUUCAAUGCUUUACGAUUGUGUGUAUUCUGCAUUUCGAUCGUAAUUACAUUUUUGUAAGUUGUUGUUUAUGUGGCAGAGAAUCGAAUCGAAAUGCAGAAAUGGGCCAAUAUUUGUUACAUACCUAUCUUUUCUCAAAGUAGAGAAAUACUUUAAGUUGGAAACAACUAAAAAUUGUGAAAUUAAAUUUUAUUAAAAUUUAUCUGGACUUAUGAUACAAAACGACAAAGAGAUAUUCGUUUACCAGAGAUGUAAACUAUUUGACGAUUUUAGUAUUAAGCCACAUUACUUUUUCUGAAAAGAAAUGGAACCAAAUAAUUAUUUCAAAUCCACAGAGAAGAAAUUAUGGUCGCAAAACCCCUCAAAUACAAAUUACUUUCAAAUAUUUUUUUCUAAUUUCGUUAAUUAAAAUUAACUGAUAUUUUUUUUUUAAUUAACCAAGCAAUUUUUGGAAAAUUUAACAACUUACAACUAGUCAAACUAAUGAAACAUAUGCACUUUUACAUACAUACUUUUAAAACAUUUUAAACUGAAUUAAGGCAAUUCUAUUGAAUUGGAAAUUAUUUAAUAAAUUCUUCAAAAAUUUAACAUUUAAACUUAUUUCCAAUUUAAAAUGUUUUGAUCUAAAUUGUAUAUAAACAAAAUUUAAUUAAAUGAAUACAAAUGGGCCAAAAUCUUAAAGUAAAAAAAGCAUAUCACACAGAGUUUUAAAGGAAAUGGCACAAAGGCAAAAAACACUAUAUUUAAAAAACAAAAAAUUAUAAUAAUUAUUAUAAAACAGAUCAGAAUAAAAUAUUUUAAUGUUAAAACCAAAAGAAAGCAGAGACCAACCAAAACUUAUGUAAGUAGGAAUUAAAUUUAAAAUUUAAAAAAAAACUAAUAAUAAUGAAACACAAAAAAUAAAAAUUAUUAACUUUUAGUUUAGACAUUAUAUUUUUUAAUAAUGUUUUACAUUUAUAAUUCAUGUAGAGAUUGUACUUAAUACAAUUUUAUAAAUCCUUUUAACAAACUCCCUAAUUUCAAGGAACAAUGGUGUAAGCUUUACCUUAAAAAAAUCCAUAUAUAUACAAAAUGGAUAUAUACAUAUACAUGUAUACAAAAAAUAUAUAUAUUUCCAAUUUUAGUAAGAUAAGUAUGUUAUUAAAUAUAUCCAGCAAAAACACUGAACUUACUCUCACGGAAAAGAUAUAGAAUUUGCAAGGAAUUAUACGUAUAUGUUCUAUAUAAUUUGUAUAUAUAUGUACAUAUAUACAUAUAUAAACCUGAUCUAAUCUAAUAUAUAAAAAUUAACCAAUAAAUAUUUUUUAGUUAUAUAUUUAAAUAAUCCGUUUCAAUAAAAAAUUUUAGAUAAUAUAAUAUUUAUUUAAAUGAAAUUUGUAUUAUACACCUAAAUAAAAAUUCUACACUCAAUGGAAACCUAAAGUACCAAAUCUACUUAUACAUGCAAAUAUAAUCUAUCUAUUCCAUAACUCCAUAAAUGUCGAAAUACAUUUCAUCAAUACAUUUAAAUCAUAAGAGAAAUUGUAAAAAUAUAAAUUAGGGAAUCUAGUAUUUCAAAAUAGAGAAUUUAGAUAAAUAACCCCACAAAAUUUCUUAGACAUUUGAAGCAAAUUUACAUGCAUACAUUUUGUAGAAAAUCUAAAUUUUUUAAAUAUCAUUUGUUUUUUUUU